AUGGCCCGCCCAGGAGGGGUGCUGGCUGAGAUGCAGGUCGCAGCUGAGCCUGGUGAGAAGACCUCCUCCAGGGGCCAGCCCGUCGGGAUCCCCUUGCUAGAGCAGGAACCCGAGGAGGCGCUGGGCCUGAACCAACUGCCAGCCGAGCUGCUCCUGAUGGUGCUGAGCCACGUGCCCCAACACAUGCUGCUCAGGCACCGCCGCCAGGUAUGCAGGCGCUGGCGCAACCUGGUGGACUGCCAGGCCCUGUGGCUGAGCAUCCUGCCCCGGAAACACGCUGCCCUGUGGCCCAUCGUCAGCACCUGCCUGCCCGCCGCUGACGACCUCAGGCCCUGCGUCCUGGGCCGCUUCUGUGAGCGCAGACCCAUAGGACGCAACCUCCUCCUGAACCCCAGGGGCCUAGAUGGCUUCCCAGAACAGCCUAUGCUGAGUGGUGGGGACGGCUGGACAAAGGAGGGAAAAUGUAAGGGCAUGCCUGCAGCUCCUUGUGAGGUCCACUUCCUACCUGCCUACUACCUACCUGGUUACAGGUGGUUUCGAAGGAAGGAAGUUUGGGACCUGGAGAAGGAGGGUUUCUGGCCAGAACUCCUGGAUAGUGGAAAGAUUGAGAUUUGUGUCUCUGCCUGCUGGAUGGAACGAAGAGGCACUAACCGUAUAUGUAUAUAUCAGCUAAUUGUCCAAACUCUAGACAUCAACCAGGCUGUCCUGCAUCAUUUCUCUUCAAAUCCUUUUCCCAUCCGGCGGUGGAGAAGAGUCCCCUUUGAGGCCAGCCAUGUGUUCUCCAACCUCAAGAACGGUGUUCACUUUGUGUCUUUUGAACAAUGGGUGUCGAAGCUGGAGUUAGGGAAUGAGCAAUAUGGAGUCCCUUUUACCAACUCCAGUGUGUUUGCGUGGAUCUGUCUGUCCUAG